AUGACUGCCGGCAUCGAAGGUUACGAUUGGCUCAUCACGUCCGGCCCGGACAGGACAGGACAGGACAGACAAGACAUGUCGAGCCACACCCGCCCCAAGCUCACCGCCGGCGAGCUAUCCAGCCUGCUCGGGAUCCUGCCCGCCGUCGCCGGCACCAUCCUGUCCUUCUUCCUGUCAAACUCGUGGCGGCAGUGGAGGCAAGGCAUAUUGUGUGCCAGGUCUCUCAGGCGGAAUGCGGCGGCGAGCUUCGGGACUGCAAUCAGCCUGCUGAAGCCGAGACAACUCAGGGUCUUCGUGUCCAACACGACGGGCAAGACGGUGGCCGACUACUGUGCUGCGAAUGAUCUCAUGCACCAGCCGAUACUGGUCGAAAACACCGAUGGCUUCCCCCCGGCGAUGUUGCACUUCAUCGACUGCAAGCUGGCACAGAAGGGUCCUAUCUUGCUGUACUUCCAUGGUGGAGGCUUCAUAGUGCCGCUUCACUCGCCAGCGUUCGCCGUCUCGUCCGCCCGCAUCGCUCGUGCCUCGCCCGUGCUGCUCGAGUACACGCUGGUGCCCGAGUGCGAGUACCCGGGCCAGCUGGCGCAGGCCGUCGCCGCCCUGCGGCUGAUCCUGAAGUACCGCAAGCCGAGCGAGAUCAUCAUCGGCGGCGAGUCGGCGGGCGGCAACAUGGCGCUCGCCGUGCUGGCGCACCUGCAGCAGCCCAAGCCGGGCAUCACGCCGCUGGCGCUGCCGGCGUCGGACAAGUUCCGGGGCGCCGUCGCCAUCUCGCCGCGCACGGCCAACCUCGCCACCGCCGAGAGCUUCCGCACCAAUUCGGGCAAGGACUUCAUGAGCGAGCACAGCCUCGUCGCCAUCACGGCGAGCUGGAAGCCCGAGGCGGACGUCUGGGCCGCGCCGGUGCUGGCAGCCAAGGCCUUCUGGGACGGCUUCCGCGCCGAGAAGCUGCUGCUGGUCGUCGGGGCGGACGAGGUCUACCGCGACGACGUCUGCCACACGGCCAAGAUGAUGGGUGCCCGGGAGGUCGGGGUCGGGUCAUUGGACGCAAAAGCAAAGGCCCCGAGGGCCCACGGCCCAGACGCGCAGCUGAUCGUCUGCCCGAACGAGAUGCACUGCCAAGCAAGCUUGGACAUGUCGGUCGGCAUCAGGGAUGGUUACAUGACGAGGGGCGUGGCAGGCUGGUUGGCGAGGUGUUGA